CGUGAGGCGGGGGAGGGGCGCGCGGUUGCUAAUGGUGCGCACCCGUCACCGGGCUGCCGUAACGGUUCGGCUCCCGCUCAGGGCGUGGCGCCUGCGCCCCACUGGCCUGGGUCGCUGCGCCCCGGAGCCCCCGCAUGUCAUGUCCCGGCUGCGCCUCUGGGCCCCACGGCUCCUCCUCACGUGGCAACUGUUGUGGCUGCCGGUCCAGGCAUCUCAUCCUCCGGAGUGGGCCCUGGACCCUAUCCAGCUGACCUCCGAACCCCCGGGGCUGACUGAGCCCUGGUCUUCGCACUCCUCUAAUCUCCCACCCGAAUCGCCCCGUGCACUUACACCCCCGGCAGAGCCAGGGGGCCUUAAUUACCUGGGGGCCUCUUCUCCAGCCCAGAUGUUGGCAUUGCUUCAGGAGUUGACUGAGACUUUGGUUCCAUUCCCGGACACGGAUUCAGCUGGAGAGCUGCCUCCAGGGCCAGAUCAGUUUGCUGUUCCACAUCAGGAUCUGAAUGAUAAGCUAACUCAGCGUCAAAGGCUUCCAGAGGUGAUUCCAAUGCUAGGUUGGGGUCAGAAUCAGGCCCUAGGUCUGCCUCCUCGACUCAAAAAUCAGAAGCAAACUGUAGGUCUAGGUCAGGCUGGAGAUCACCAGUCAUUUGAAAUACUGGUUCCACCUCUAGAUGGUCAGAGUUCAAAACCAGCAAGGUUUAUCGUUUCACCCUCAAACCUGAAGAAAGAGCUAGCUCAGCAUCGACGGCUUGCCAAGAUUGUUGUUGGAACUCCACACCAAUUUGCAAAACAAACUCAGCAUCUGGAACAACAAUUGCAGGAUGAUUAUUUAGAUUCCAGUAUGGAGAGCUUUUAUCGUGAGGAGAACCAACCUAUGGAUUUCCUGGGGGCCCCAGAUCAAUCUGCAGAGCUUUCUGAGGAGGCUGAAGUUUCUCCAUCCCUGCAGGAGGCCCAAACUCAUCAUCCAGAGACCCCUGAAACUUCGUCCCAGCAUCCAGAGCCUGCUGAAGAGAUAGAACCACUUCCUCUUGGGCAGCCCCUAGAGCCCCCCAAGGAAGCUGAAAAUUCUGCAAACCCACAGGGGGCCCUGUCUACACCCCCUGAGUCUCCUGAGGAAUCGAAACUGUCUUCAGUUCAGCAGGAGGCUCCAGCUGAGCCUUCAAAUACUCUUGAAGAGGUUGAACCUGCUGAGCUUCAGCAGUCAGACUUCCACAAUGUCACCGAUAGGCCUGUGGAUGUGGCACUUACCGUAACUCCAGAGGUGACUAAGGAAGUUGAAACUCCUCCCACCCAGCAAGAGGCCCCAGCUCAGCCUCCAGAGCUCCUUGAGGAGAUUGAACUUGCUCCCAGCCAGCAGGAAGCCCCAGCCCAGCCCACACAGCCCCCUGAAGAGGUCCAGCCUCCUCCAGGUCAACAAGAGGCCCCAGCUGAAGCUCCAGAGUUCCCUACCAUUGCAGCGAGUGGCGAGGCAGCAGUUCAACCUGCAGGUGAGGAGGAGGCUUAUCAUUCCAGCUUUCCCAACAUUACACUUAAGCCUGUGGACGUGGCAAUUACCAUAACCCCAGAGCCUAUUAAAGAUGUCGAAUCUUCUACAGCCCAGCAGGAGGCCCCAGCUCAGCCCUCUGAGCCUCCUGAGGAGAUUGAACCUUCUCCAUUCCCACAGGAGGCCCUGACUCUGCCUGCACAGCCUCCUGAAAUGGACAAACCUUUUCCAGCUCACCAAGAGGCCCCAACUGAAGCUGCAGAGUUCCCUGCCAUUCUAGCAAGUGAUGAGGUGUUAUCUCGACCUGCAGGUGUGGAGGAGGUUCAUCAUUCAGACUUGCCCACAGGUCCACUUGAGCCUGUGGACGUGGCAAUUACCAUAACCCCAGAGCCAGUUAAGAAUGUCGAAUCUUCUACAGCCCAGCAGGAGGCCCCACCUCAGCCUCUUGAGCGUCCUGAGGAGGCAGAAACUUCUCCAACCCAGAAGGAGGCCCCAGGUCAGUCUCCAGGGGAAGUAGAACCUUCUGCAACCCUGCAGGAGCAACCAGCACAACCUCCAGAGCAUCAUGAGGUGUCAGUUUCACCUCCAGGUCACCAUGAUGCUCAGCCUUUAAAGUUGCCCAAUGUCACUGUCAAACCUGCAGAUGUACAGCUUACCCUAACAGCAGAACCCACUACAGAGGUGAGACCUUCUCCAAUUCAGCAUGAGGCCCCAACUCUGCAUCAUGAGAAGCCUCCAACACAGCAAGAGGCUCCAACUCAACAUCCAGAGCCCACUGAGGGGCUCAGACCUCCAGUCCAGCAUGAGUAUCCAUCUCAGCCUCCAGAGUCCUUUAUGAAUGUUGCUCAACCUUCAGUAUCUCCUGAGGUGACAUUCUCACCUCUAGGUCUGGGUGAAGCUCAGCAUCCACUGUUGCCUAAUAUCACAAGUAAACCUCUGGAUCUGGAGGUUGUCGUUACUCCAGAGCCCACUAAGGAAGUCGGACAUUCUCCAGUGUAUCAGGAGGCUCCUCCUCAGUCUCCAGUUCCCCCUGAGCAGGUAGAACUUUCUCCAGCCUAUGUCAAGCCCAUUCUCCAGUCUCCAGAGUCCCCUGAGAAGGCUGAAUCUUCUCUAGGCCAACAAGAGGCCGUAGCUCAGACUCCAGAUCCCCUUAAGGAGAUUGUCAAACAGGAGGCCCCAGCUCAGCCUCCAGAGCCACCUAAGGAGAUUGUAGCACAAUCUGCAGUCCAUAAUGAGAUGACAGCUCCACCUCAAGAACAGGAUCAGGCUCAUAAUUCAAGUUUGCCCAGUGUCCCUGUUACACCUGUUGACGUAGGGGUUGCCAUAAGUUCAGAACCUACGACAGUGGUCGAACAGUCUACAGCCCUGCAGCAGACAACAGCUCCUCCAGAUCACUCGGAGGUGACACUUGCACAUCCAGAACAGGCUCAGGAUCAGCAUCCAAACCUGACUGGAGUCACAGUUCCACCUUUGGACACAGGGCCUACUGUAACUCCAGAACCUACGACAGAGGUUGAUCAGUCUACAGCCCUGCAGCAGACUACGGCUCCUCCAGGUGACCAUGACGUGACACUUCCACAUCCAGAACAGGCUCAGGAUCAGCAUCCAAACCUGACCGGAGUCACAGUUCCACCUGUGGAUGGGGAAGUUAACAUAACUCAGCAACCAGGGUCGCCUGAGAUAGCCCCUUUACCUCCAACAAUUCCGCCUUCAGUGAUACAUCCUCCACAAUAUGCCAUGCAACAGGCAUCCGGAACUGAGCAACCAGAACAGAAUCCCACCACACACAUCAAGAUCUGUGAGCUCUGUAGCUGUAAAGAUGAGACACUGUCGUGUAUUGGUCUCAGCCCAAAGCAAAAGCUCCGCACAGUGCCUGUGCUAGAGCCCCACGCCUACAAUGGAACCUUGACCAUCCUAAAUUUCCAAGGAAACUAUAUUUCUUACAUUGAUGAAAACAUAUGGAAUACAUACCGUUGGGCUGAGAAACUAAUUCUCAGUGAAAAUUUUUUGAGCGAAUUACAUAAGGAUUCAUUUGAAGGCCUGCUAUCCCUCCAAUAUUUAGAUUUAUCCUGCAAUAAAAUACAAUCUAUUGAAAGACGUACAUUUGAACCACUACCUUUUUUGCAGUUUAUAAAUCUUGGUUGCAAUUUACUCACAGAACUGAGCUUUGGAACGUUUCAGGCCUGGCAUGGAAUGCAGUUUUUACACAAGUUAAUUCUCAGUCGUAAUCCUCUGACAACUGUUGAAGAUUCUUAUCUUUUUAAAUUGCCAGCAUUAAAAUAUUUAGACAUGGGAACAACACAAGUGUCACUUGCAACCAUUGAGAGCAUCCUCAUGAUGACCCUUGAAUUGGAAAAACUGGUCUUACCUAGCCGUAUGGCCUGCUGCCUCUGCCAAUUUAAAAAUAACAUUGAGGUGGUCUGCAAGACAGUCAAGCUACAUUGUGACAGCGAGUGUCUGACGAACACCACACGUUGUGAUGAAGAAGCAUCUAUAGGGAAUGCAGAAGGAUCAUUCAUGAAGGUAUUACAAGCCCGGAAGAAGAACACGAGCACUGAGCUGACCAUUGUGCCAGAGAAAGCAUCCUCAGACAAAAAUGGCGUCAGUUUGUCAGCAUUCAUGAACGAGCAGCUAGACUUUAAUGAUGAAAGUGAUGUUAUCAGCGCACUAAAUUACAUUUUGCCUUAUUUCUCAGAGGGAAAUCUAGAAGAUGUAGAAUCAACAUUAUUACCAUUCAUUAAACUUCUUUUUUCAAGUGUACAAGAUGGAGCUGAAAAGGAGAUGGGUCAUUUGAAAAAUAACACAAAGAACCCUUCUCUUAUUCGUAAAUCCAGUAAUUCAACUUAUAAAAAUAAAUUGAAGAGACUCUAUUUUCUGGAAAAUUUGUUAGAUGCAGAAAUCCAAGAGAAAAUUGAUGAGGUUAAAAAGAAAGAAAAAAUUGCCAUGCUUAUACAUUCCAACCUUUUAGGUCCCAAAUUUAAACGCCAAAUCUUUCAAAAGAAAUUAGAAACUGCCCAACCCCAGGAAAACAGCCCAGCAAUGAUUCAGAGCGGAGGGAAAAGGCUGCUAAGAGUAAACAGGGUCCUUAAGGGCCCAAAGGGCAUACAGAAAAGGCACUUCAAAGAAGUGGGAGAUCAGCGCAUCAAGAGGAAGCAGAAUGCCCAGCCAUUUGUGGAGAACGUUGCCAAAGAAAGAAGGCUCAGGCCAUCCUCAGGGGAGCUGGAGCCGCUUCACAUGGCCUGGAGGCCCAGGAAGUUAGUGGGAAACUCCUUCAACACAGAGCCUUCAUCCCUAAAGGAAGAUAAGGCAGCAGUCUCUUCUUUUCUGAAACAAUACUCCAUGGGCAGCCCUUCUGACGCCACAGCUCUCAAUUCCCUAUCUGAGGUUAAAAACAAAUCAAAAGACUUAAGCUACACAAUUUUUGUUUUAGAAGAUGCAAAUGCCAGAGUUAGAAAUAUGAAGGCUUCUAAACCAAUCUCACAUUCCAGAAAAAAAUCCCUCUUUCAUAAAACUCGCCCUCGUGUGGUCCACAGAACACCCAAGGUCAAAAUGAGUCAAAAGUUCAGAGAGGAAGGUUCACUCAAUAGACUGAUGCUUGCAAAGAGGCCUCCAUUCUCUGCAGUGAGAAGCCUCAUAAACUCCCCUUCACGAGAGGCUUUUUCAUCUUCAGAACUGACUUCUCAGGAAAAUCCUUUUCUAGAAUUUUCUCCUUCAGAACCUUCUGCAGAAAAGACUACUGUAGAAAACACUACUGCACAAAAUGGUUUUGACGAAAAUAUUCCUACAGAAAAUACUGCUGAGCCAGAAGACACUGUCUCUCAAAUCACUGCGAGUAAGAAUGUUUCCACUGCAGAUGCUGCUGUCACUGCAGACAGCAUUAUGCCAACUGUUAAACAAACCAAUGAAACCCAAUGGGAAUACCAGAAGGUGGGCACUGGCUUACCCUCCAAGCCCACCCACUUCCCUUUCCCGUUGUUCUCAUCCCCGGGUGAUCAAUUUGAAACUCAGCUAAACCAGCAGCUACGGUCCCUCAUCCCCAACAAUGACGUGAGAAGGCUCAUUUCGCAUGUCAUCCGGACCUUGAAAAUGGACUGCUCUGAGACCCAUGUGCAACUGGCCUGUGCCAAGCUCAUCUCCAGAACAGGCCUCCUGAUGAAGCUUCUCAGUGAGCAGCAAGACGUUAAGGUGUCCCAGGCAGACUGGGAUACGGACCAAUGGAAAACUGAGAACUAUAUCAAUGAGAGCACAGAAGCCCAGAGUGAACAGAAACAACAGGAGUCCAGCGAGCUCACAAAAGAAGUUCCAGGAUAUGGCUAUAACAACAAAGUCAUUUUGACAAUAUCUGUGACUGUAGUAGUGAUGAUUUUGAUUAUAAUUUUCUGUCUCACUGAGAUUUAUUCUCAUAGAACAGCACCAGAGGAAGGUACAGAAAGGAGCUCAAGGAGCUUUUUUCGAUUUCUGCGUAAGAAACGCUCAACGGAUAGUGAGAGUAAGGGGGGCUUUUUCUGGAGAAGGCGGCCACUUUGGCUUAGGGAUAUGUACAGACCUCUCAACGCCACACGCAAGAAAAACAUGGCACAGAAACUACAUGACAAGGAUUCUUCGGACGAGGAAGAAAUUUUCAACAAGGAUACAGGGGAGCUCGCCGAAAGCUUGGCAGAGAAGAUUCCCACUACCGAGUCGGUGGCUGAGGAGGGCGGGGAGGAAAGUGAGAUGGCCCCUGAGGACGAGUGACCCCAGCCAGCCACAGGUCAACCACAAACAUGAUUUUCUAGUAUUGGCUUCUCAGCAUUGCUUGGAAAAUACUUAUUUUUCUCAUAUUAAAAUGUAUAAAUUCAUAUCCAA